GAUAUUGCAAACCUUAUUGGUUGGGGAGUUACCCAGGCUAAUAGAAAAACAAAAAUUAUAUCCUAGAAAGACAGAACAGGUGUGACUUCUGAGAAUAAGGGUCAGAGAAGACUAGAAAGGCUGGAACCACCUUGAAAUUGGCACGCACACACACACACACAUACACCCACACACACACAAUCACCAAAUGAUCUGGAAUGUGGUAGGUCAUUAAUCUGCUUUGCAAAUGUCAGAACUUUAGGAUCCCAGUACUUCUUGUUCUCAAGAUCCACAACCAGAAAUCACAAGUACAGAACCUCCAGGUCUGUCUCUUCCUGCUGGAACAGGACACAUGAGAGGGGGUGGUUCAGGAGAGGGAUCAAAGUCAGAAACAGCCAUUAGAGUAAACUCAUGCCAAGCAAUUGGUCACUCAGCUAUGCAAUGAGUCAGCCCCCACUGCUGCAUGUCCUUGAGUACAGACUUCUGGAACAGCAGCUCUUCUGAAGGCUAGUUGUGACACCCAAAGUGACAAGAGCAGGUCCAUGUUCAGCCACCUCAUCCGGGCCUUAUCAAAGAAGAGUCCUAUAUGAGAUCAAAUGGCUGCCUUUCCCCACAAGAUUAUAUUUUUCCUGAUAUCCUCUACUUUGACACAUAUGGUUUCCUCAGCAAUUUUCAGAAAACGUGACUUCACUAAAUGGCCUAAGCCCCCAUGUAAAAUGUAUCAGCCACCGGAACCAUAUUACGAUGUAGACUGCCCUGAUGUAAUAGCACCUGUUUGUGCCUCAAAUGGUCACACUUUCCAGAAUGAGUGUUUCUUUUGUGUUGAGCAGUGGGAAUUUGGUUUUUAUAUAGAAUUUGAAAAAUAUGGAAAAUGUGAUUAAUGGGUAACCGAGUACCUACACUUGCUUAUUCUUUUUUUCUACUUAAUUCAGAAAAGUAUUUCUUUUGGAGUGUGAAGAUGUAAAUUAAAUAACAUCCCUAUGCUGUACUUAAAUGUCGAACAAAAUGGGAGACAAAAAUGAAGGAAUCAAACUAACAAGAACCAAAUAUCACAUUUAUUACAAAUAAACAACAAAAGAGC